AUGGCCAACCACUCAUCCAACUCCACCGCCUCCUUCACCUGCGUCCUCGGCCUCGUCCCAGCCGUAGCUCUCAUCACCAUCACCAUCGUAAUGAGCCUCGCCUUCCUCACCAUCGGCACCCUCUACGUGAUCCUCCUCAGGAAGUCCGCGCAAGUCCCCGUCCCGGACGAAGAAGAAGCAGUUCCCGAUGCAGUCGAGCAGACUCGCCGUGACUUGGAGGGAGAGGAUCAUGGCUCCGGAGAAGGCCGUACGGAGACGGAGCUUGUCGGAGACAUCUUUGUGCGCAGUGAGAGCCGGGAGAAUCGCCGCAGGCGGGCUCGGGAUUUCUUCCGCUCUUGA